AUGAUUUUAGGAAGUGAUAUUUUAAAACUAUUGGGUAUUAAUAUAAACUAUGAAGAAAAAGAAGUAACAACAAAAUAUGGUGAAUUAAAAAUUGAAUAUGAAAAUAAAGAUGAAGUAAAAAUGAUUAACGAAAUAAUGUUAGAAGGAAAGGAAAUAAAGGAUAUAAAAGUAAAGUCACCAAAAUUUGGGUUAUUAAAGAAAGAAUGUUCUAAAUAUUUACUUUGUGUCUACAUAUUAGAAAAAGGGGAAAAUGUGAUUACUAUUGCAAACAUAGAAAAUAAUAUGAAACAAAUUAAAAAUGAAGAAAUAGUUGGAAAAAUAACUAAUUUAAAGAAAGGAGAAAUUAUUUAUAAUGAAAAUAAAAAUGAAAAUAUAAUUGACAUAUGUGUAAUUUUGAUCUAA